AUGGCGCCGCAACCACUGGUCACCCAUAUAUACACGGCGGAUCCGUCAGCGCAUGUCUUUGAGGGCAAGAUCUACGUUUACCCGUCUCAUGACCGCGAAACAGACAUCCAAUUCAACGACAAUGGCGACCAGUACGACAUGGCCGACUACCACGUCCUCUCGCUCUCGGAGCCCGGCGGGCCCGUCACGGACCACGGCGUCGUGCUCAGGGCCGAAGACAUCCCCUGGGUGUCGAAGCAGCUGUGGGCGCCCGACGCCGCGACAAAGGACGGCAAAUAUUACCUGUACUUUCCCGCAAGGGACAAGGAGGGUAUCUUCCGCAUCGGCGUCGCUGUGGGCGACUCCCCAGCCGGGCCGUUCGUGCCGGACCCGGAGCCCAUCCGGGGCAGUUACAGUAUUGACCCGGCGUGCUUCGUCGACGACGACGGCCAGGCAUAUCUCUAUUUCGGCGGCAUCUGGGGCGGCCAGCUGCAAUGUUGGUCCUCGUCAGGCGAGGGCGAGGGCGAUAAGUUCGACGCCUCCAUGUCCGGACCCCAGGAGCCGAAGGGCUACGACGUGCCCGCGCUGCUGCCCCGCGCAGCCAAGCUGUCGUCCGACAUGCGCAGCUUCGCGUCCGCCGUGACGCCGCUGGAGAUCCGCGACGAAAAGACCGGCGCCCUGCUCGCGGCCGACGACCACGACCGCCGCUUCUUCGAGGCUGCAUGGAUGCACAGGUACCGCGGCAAGUACUACUUCAGCUACUCGACCGGCGACACGCACUACCUGGUCUACGCGGUCGGCGACAGCCCACUGGGCCCUUUCACCUACGCCGGCCGCAUCCUGGAGCCCGUGCUGGGCUGGACCACGCAUCACAGCAUCGUCGAGUUCCGCGGCAAAUGGUAUCUGUUCUACCACGACUGCGAGCUCAGCAAGGGCAUCAACCACCUCCGCAGCGUCAAGAUGCGGGAGAUCGUCUAUGAUGACCAAGGCAGGAUCUCGUUGGCUGAGAAGCAGUAG